GUCCAACCCCUUCCUCCUCUCCUCCCUCGCCCGCGCCGCUGCGGACCCCACCACCGUCCGCUCCCUCCACUGCCACGUCAUUAAGCUAGCCUGCGAUGCCCACGUCGUCGUGGCAACCUCAUUAGUCUCUGCGUUCUCGAAAUGCGGCGAUGUGGCCUUUGCGCGCAAAGUGUUCGAUGAAAUGCCCGAACGAAAUCGGGUCACUUGGAAUGCGAUGAUGUCAGCCUAUGCAACUGCCGGAGAAGGAUUUGAGGCUCUGGGCUUGUUUUCGAGACUUCGAUGUGUAGAAUUUGAGUUGGGUGUUGACGAAUUUGCUGUCUCGAGUGUGCUGACUGCUUGUGCAGGGAUUGGGGAUAUUAGAUUUGGGAUUCAGAUUCAUGGGUUUGUGAUUUCGUCUGGGUUUGAGUCAGAUUGUGCAGUUGUUAGUUCAUUGGCUAACAUGUAUCUAAAAUGCAAGGCGGUGGAGUGUGCAGAGAGAGUGAUGGAGGGGAGAGAGGAGAGCGUGAUGGAUAGGCUCAUGAUGGUUAAUGGGUAUGUUUUCAGUGAGAGAUAUAUCAAAGCGAUUAGGAAGAUUCAAUGGAAUGGCGAUUUGGUUAGGAUUUUGAAGGUGGAUAGUAGUGUGGCGGUUUCUAUUGUAACAGCAUGUGCGAAUCUUGGGUUGCUUAGUGUUGGAAAGAAGGUACAUUGUGCUGUAAUUGUGUUGGGAUUCUAUGACAAUGUGGCUCUUGGGAGUGCUUUGAUCGAUAUGUAUUGUAAGUGUUCUAGUAUCGAAGAUGCGCGAAAGGUUCUCUUUGGAUUGAAGGAGAGAAAACAAGUUUCUCAUUGGAAUUCGAUGAUCUCGGGAUGUUUGCAUUGUGGAUUUCUUGAGGAAGCACGUGGUUACUUUGACAAGAUGCCCAUAAAGAAUGUGAUAUCGUGGACUGCCAUGAUAGCGGGACAUGUGCAGUGUGGAUUGCCUCAUGAAGGAUUGAGAUUGAUGGCUAGGUUGUAUAGAGAAGAGGGCCUAGUUCGUGGGAAUUUCUAUACUUUUGCUUCGGCCCUCAAUGCUUGUAGUAGCCUAGCGGCAAUAGACUUAGGCAAGCAGAUACAUGGAAAAGCGCUCAAGAUGAUAGCAGUAGAUGGAGAUAAUUCUUUGAUUUUGACAACAUCCCUUCUUGAUAUGUACUCAAAAUCGGGUAGCUUGGCUUAUGCAUGGAGAGUAUUUGACACGAUGAGAGAGAAGAAUGUUGUUUCUUGGACCUCGAUGAUCAAUGGCUAUGCCUCCCAUGGAUAUGGCAUCGAAGCCAUUGACCUUUUAGAGCAAAUGAUGAGCAUGGGGUUUAAGCCAAACGAGGUUACAUUUGUGUCCAUCUUAAGUGCUUGUAGUCAUAGUGGCUUGGUUAGGGAAGGGACGCAUUACUUUAACCUAAUGAGAGAAAAAUUUGGUAUUUCUCCUAGGGGAGAUCACUAUGCUUGUUUAAUCGAUAUGUUAGCUAGAGCAGGGAAGCUCGAGGAGGCUUGGAAAUUGGUGGAGGAGAUAAAAGAUGAGAUUUUGGAUGGUAUCGAUGGUUCUAUUAUUUUGGGUGCAUUGCUUGCGGGGUGUAGAAUGCAUGGGGAUUUGGAGAUUGGAAGUAAAGUGGCUGAGAUGACUAAGAGAAACAAGCAGAGUUCGGAUAUGUAUAUUGCAAUAUCUAAUAUUUAUGCGAGCUCUGAAAUGUGGGAUGAAGUGUGUAGAGUUAGAGAGGAGUGGAAGAAACAAGGUGUUAAAGUGCCCGGACUCAGCCAAAUACAGAGUGGUUGUCUUGGCUGAGAUACCGAGUUUGCUAAUUGCAAAGAUGAAAAAUUGCAGUUUGGAUAAUAUUAUUUUGAAUAGAGAAGGAUGGACCUUUAACGAAAAGUUCAUUCUCUGAACAACAGAAGGAAGCUUGUUGACGAGCUGUCAGGAGAGUGCUUGGAGUUUCUUCCCUCAAGAUCGAAAGGAACUAAUCGACAAUCUGCCACGAGAUUGGAGCAGGAAAUCAGUUGAGUUUAAGCUAGAUGCAACUUU